GCUAGCUAGCGAUGGCUGGAGCCUGGGCACUGCUCAUCGUCCUCGCGGCUGCCGUCGCGGUCCUGGCCGCGCGGCCGGCGUCUGCAGGCGGGGGAGCCGCGGCGGUGGCGGAGAUCUGCAUGAAGACUCCGUCCCCCGACCUGUGCACCAGGACGGCGGGGAAGCACGCCAACAAGUACAAGGUGGUGGACGCGGUGACGGUGCUAGAGAUGCAGGUGGACGCGUUCAAGAAGCGCGUGAAGGCGGCGCGGAGGCUCGCCAAGGAGGAGGUCAAGACGGCCGCGACGCCCGAGGCGCGGAGGGCGCUGAACCUCUGCAAGACCUACUACCUGGACGCCGCCGACAACCUCGGCGCCUGCAAGCGCGCCAUCGGCUUCCGCGACGCCGUCACCAUCCGCGCCACGAUGAGCAUGGUGGCGCAGGACACGCAGAACUGCGACGAGGAGUUCAGGAAGGCCGUCUCCAAGAACCCCAUGGAGGACCACAACAGGUCGCUCAUCGAGAUGUCCGAGAUCUGCCGCACGCUCUCCAACAUGAUCCCUUACGAACAUGUCCAUUGAUUUGUUUGUUUCUUUUUCCCGACCCCCUACUACGUUCGGUAACGUCGUCGUCGUCGUCGUCGUCCGGCCUAAAACAUAUGUAAUUUGAUGCUGGUCGCGUGUGUCUGUCAGUCGAUAGACUGGACGCAUGCCGACUUCAUGCGGACCUAGCGCGUGUCCUUCUUUUCGGUGUUGCCUCUUGCGGCGUGGCACAUGUCUUGAGACCGUGGGAUGAAACGGCUCGUUGAGACUUGAGAGGCACGCGUGUAGGGCAGCCUAUAUAUAUGAUUCUAUAACAUGCUAAUUUGUGCUUCUUUAUUACUAUAUAUAUAGCCAUUCAUCAAUCAAUUCAACUAG